CUAGCUCUCCACCACUGCAGAGCCGCAUCGCCGCAACAUCGCUUAGUCGCCAACACAAGGCCCUGGUAGCGACAAAAGAGUUUACGUGCGGGGAGGCCAAAAACACCUCUCCGGACAUAUCAGCGUCGACACCUGUUGGCCAGCUUGCCGCAGCGCUCCCAUCGGGGAUUCUAAGCGCUUACUCUCGUCUAACCAGCCGGACUUUAUUCGAGACUCACACACAGACCAACAUGUCUACAUUUUCAUACGCGCAAGCCGCGAAAGGCGUCUCCACGCCAGCGACCACAAGCAAGUCGGCAUCCGGCUCUGCUACCCCAGCCAAAGAGGGCAACAGCGCAUCUGGUCAAGAAGCCACUGCCUCACCCAGCAACUGGGCCGAAGAUGUCGAGUCUGAGCCGCGCCCUGCGCAACCCGCCAAAGCCCAGGAGGCGCAACCAGAACAAACCGUUCCCAACGCGGUCAAAACUUCACAGCCUGUAGAUGCCUCCAACGAAUCCUCGCCGGAUCUCGCCUCCUCCACCUCAUCAACCGUCACCAAGGACGACGAUGUUUCCUCGAUACCAAACGCUUCCUCUGAGUCGACCACCUGGGACAACAAGUCCCAGGCCUCCACUUCUGUUGACAAGUCGGUUGAGCCUGUCGAGAAGACUUCUGACAAGGUCAAGAAGGCAAAGAAUGUCCCGGCUAAGCCCCUUCAAGAGGCGCCUGUACCUACCGUGAACCCCUGGAAAAUACGAGCAGACUCGAUCAAGUCCCAAGUGCAGAAGGUCGCUCCUUCCACAACUCCUAACGGAGUCCAGACCAAGAAGGGCGACGCAACAUCUCAAGAGAAGAUCACAAAUGGCGAGAGCAGAAGCAAAGGCCGAAAGGAAUUCCGAGGUGACGUUGACGUGCGGAAUGGUGCCAAAGGCAGAUUCUCUGAGAAGGAUGUCAAGGCUGCCCCAUCAUCGGGCGCGCUACCGCCUCCACCAGACCGAGACCAGGAAUCCUGGCCGACUCCUGAGACCGUCAUCGAUGAGGACCGUAAGAAGGCCCAAGAGAAGGAAAAGACUGAGCAGAAGCCAAAGGAUGGCGCUUCGACCAGCAAACAUGAGUGGGUGAAAAUCCCAUACACACCGACUGUUGUGUUCAACACACCUCUGCCAAAUGCGGCAGGUGCUAGGAGAGGUGGCCGACCUGGAGGACGUGGUGGAGCGCCGAGCAACGGCAGGCCUGCUGGCUUCGGCACCAACGGUGCUGAACAGACCGAGGCACUAAAUGGCGAGCAGAAGUCGGCUGCACAGGAUGCUUCCCCAAAGACGAAGCGCACCGACUCACCUACGAUGAACGGUCAGGCGCCUGCAGUUAAUGGAGACAGCGCUGCUAAGGCCAAUGGCCCUGUAUCCUCCGAGUCCGAGGCGCAGCCAAGGAGGUCGUCCUUGUCCGGCGCGCCCGCUCAAAACGGUGCCUACCAGCGCCAGUACCCUAACAAGCCCCACAAGGGCCGCCGAGGCGAAUUCCACGGUGCCGGAGAGCGAAGGAGAGAUGGCGCAUCCUCACCCACCAAGGAUAACACCUGGGGUGAGCGUUCUGCUGGAACGCAGACAGACACUGCUGAGAAUGGUGAGCGCAGAGCUCCCGCCUACCAGGACGGCUCUGCGCAUGGCCAUUCCAAGCGCUUCAGCUCCUUCUCUAGUGGUCGCGAAGGUCGCGGCCGUGGAGGUCGCGGUCGUGGUGGAGCGUACACCAAUGGACAUCACUUCACCAACGGACACUCUACGUCGAGCUUUCCCCUAGGUCCACGAUCACCCACAACCUUUGUUCCUGAGAGCAACAGCUUCUUCCCCGCGCCUCAGGGUAAAUACGGUCGCAACAGCCAUCGAUCACAGUCUUUGACUACCGACCCAUACAGGUAUCAAUCUUUCCAGCCUGGGUACCCGGCUCCCAUCCAGACGGGCCAUGAUAUGUACCCCUACGGCAUGGCUCCUGCACCUAUGAGCGCUGGACUACCGUACAGUCCAUACGGCGUUGACCAGUACCAGAUCUUCUCCAUGAUUACUGCCCAAGUGGAAUACUACUUCUCUGUUGAUAACCUGCUCAAGGACAUGUACCUUCGUCGUCACAUGGAUUCACAGGGAUUUGUCGCUCUUGAGUUCAUUGCUGGCUUCAAUCGUAUCAAGAAUCUAUCCCCUGACAUCGACGUGAUCAGGCUUGUUUGCCAGCAGUCUGCCUCCAUCGAGUACCGUACCACCGAGAACGGUCAAGACCGACUACGUCGCAAGGACAACUGGGCACAGUGGGUUCUUGAUAUGGCCGAGCGUGAUCCGUCUGCACAGAACGAGGGGCCUAAGGAGCUCAACAAACCUCAGGUUUCUCACCCUGCUGGCUUUGACCCGUCCAAGCCUCCUCAGUGGUCGGGCAUGCCCCCAGCUUUUAGCCCAUUUGGAAACGAGGGCGUGUACCCUCAGAUGAAUGGCUUCCAUCCCGUUUCCCAGGAUUCUGGAUCUGUACCGGCGGAGACAAACGGCGCGGCUGUUGAAGAACCAAAUGCGGCCGUCUCGAACGGUCAACCGAUCGAGAGCUCGACAAAGGCUGUGAGUGGAGAACCUGAUUCAUUUUCUGACUUGCAACUCGACAGCUUGACAGUCGUUAUGCGCAAGCAACGGACCCAAGCGUUGCCUCCUUCUGUUUCACGAACAUUUUCUAAUGGCUCCAUCGAUAGUAAACAUGGCGUGCCAGAUGAACCGGAGAAGUCGAUUACCUGCCAAAUGAGGGUUAGCGGUGUCGGAACACCUGAUGGUAGCGCUGAGAGCCAUCUUGAUCGCCCGCCAACCGUCACCGACCCCUCAGAAUCGACUUCCCUGUCUGCGCCUGUCCGCCUCUAUUGGGUCAAAGAUCAUCACAGCCCAGUUCAUACAAUUCCUUCUGAUUCAUCGCACGAAUCGUAUUAUCAUCUUCGAUCCAAAGCUCUUUAUCAGCGUUCAAACGCACCACUCGGCACAACCCCUUACGACAUGAACGUUCUUUACCAAUUCUGGUCACAUUUCUUGAUUCGGAAUUUCAAUCAAUCGAUGUAUGACGAGUUCCGCCAUUUGGCUUUCGAAGACGCCGCCCAUCGGAGCACAGACACCGGCAUUUCCAAUCUUAUCGAGUUUUACGGCGAGUCUUUGCUUUCGCCACAAGGCGCGAUCCGACAGCGGGUAGCUUCAGACUUUGUUGAGCUUAUCAAGACCGAGGACGAGCGCCGUCCAGCUUUCGACCAGCUGAAAGCAGCUUAUCGCAGCGGUGGUAUGGACCCUCAAAGUCGACAGCGAAUUGACGAUUUGCUUGAUGCUGAUACCUUGGCUCUGUUGACACCGCCAUGAUCCUGCACAAGGGCUACGGCAACCAUGUCAUAACGAGUUAAGGUUUUUUUGCAUCUCUUCGUUGCGGUCUUCGGUCUUGUUGCUUCCAAAAUUUUCUCCUUGCGAGUUCUCGGACUCUGUAUACAUUGACAAAAGUUCAUGUUCUGGCGUUUACUACCCGGUCGGCGGUCGAUCAACUGUUUUUCCCCGAUAGAAAUCUCUUGCGUCUUUGAGUUUUUUUCCUUGAUGUUUCCACGAAUUACCAGUCCCCAAUACGAACACAAUACCCUUCAGGAAUCUGGCUUUUUACCCUUUCCUCCUGAAUCUAGGGGUCCUCCAUAGCAUUGAA